GUGAAUAUACCAGAUUUGCAUUUGGCGUCACCGGCACUUUUUUUUUCCCCUUUAUAAUUUUCCGUUAAUUUUGGGGAGCGCACAAUUGAAUAAAAUAAAAUAAAAUUAAUACGACAACACCGAGGUGCACCACCUACGCCGUUGGAUCUCGGACCCCAAACCAUCUUCCUCCGUCCAUAUUCUCUUAUCCUCUCAAUUUCACCCCUCAAUCAAACUUUUUGCCUGGCUUUCUUCUUUCUUUCUUCCUUCCCCUUCAUCGGCCUCCCAGCUUUUCAAUUCUCUCUCUCUUCCUUUUCCUGGGCUGCGAGCUCCCCCAACUGCCCUCUUUUUUCACACUGCUUUUUUUCUUUAUGUAAUUUUUGCUGCGAAGAACACGAAUAAGCACGCUUCGUAGUUACGGUUUUUUGAUUAGGGGUCAUAGUUAUGGAGAACGGUGUUGUUGCGGCUGUUAAUGGGGACCAAUUGGGAGAGACUAAAGUUUCUGAAGAGGGGUUUUUGGAGUCCAGGACAGCCGUGGAAAAGGAAAUGUCAGAAGGGGGUGAUGAUGCCUUUGUGGAAGCAUUGGAGGGAGAUGUUGAUUCUCUUGUAAGUGAUUUGGGUGUUGAGAAGUUCGAAGACAUGGCUGGUGGGAUGAGCGAUGAUGAGGUGCAAGUGGAUGGAAGGGAGUUAGGAACUAGUUCUGAUAUCAAUGCUGGGAAUGAGCACAGUUUUGAUUAUAAUGGGGUUGUUGUGGAUGAAGAAAAGCAAUUGAUGACAGAUGGUACUAAAGAUCCAGAUAACAUGAAGGAUGGAAUAGAUAACCUGAAGGACGGAUAUGAGUCUAGUGACUUAGGUGAAGAUGUUGUUGAAAAGCUUGAGAAUGGUGAGCAAUCAACUAAUGAUCAGGGACAUGAGCCUUUGGGAGGUCAAAAUGCUAAUGAGGUAAAAGGAGGCAGUGAGGGCUCAAAUUUGGUGGCUGAUCGCAGUGGAAAUGAUUUCCAAUUGGAUAAGGUGAAUGAAGUUGAUAGUAAUGGCCACCAGGAUGAAAGGCUGAUAGAGCUUGAAAAUGUUUCAUCGAUCCCUGAUCCAGAGCAUGUGGAUUCUCCGACCCUAGGUCUGGAGCACUUUCCAGCGAAAUUUGAUUCUGAACAGAAUGGAGGAGAUUCUCCAAGUUCAACACCUGAAAAUGAGUACCAUGAAACCGAAGCUGUUCAAGCUAAUAAUAUUGCUUCGUUGACUGAUCAUGAAGGGAGACUGCCAGAAGUCAAUGCAUCUUCUCCGUUGGUAGAAAAAUCAGAAACUGCCGAAGGUGAGAACUUACUUUCGAGCGGAGACUCGGUUGAGAAAAUUGAUUCUGGGUCCAAUGGUUUGAUAGCAGAAAUUCCAGAGGGACCUGAACCUCCCCAAGAGACCAGCAUAGAUGAAUCUGUGGUUGUAGGAAAGGAAAUGGCUAGUCAAAUGGAGGCUGAUCUCUCAGCAGAAAGUUCUAGUGAUUCUAAGGCUGAAGUCACCUCUUCAAAUGCUGAAAUAUCUGAUCCUUUGGUUAAGGAACUUCAUGUGGUCAGUAGCAGUCCUUAUUCUGAAGCUGACAGAGAAGAUGUCAAAUUUAUGGAAGUGAAUCAAUCUGGCCCCCAAAUAUCAGACCGGGAUGUACCACCUACAACUGAUGCUUCGUCAACCACUAGCAUGGCUGAACUUCCAGCUCGUCCUGCUGGACUUGUUCAUCCAUCCUCAGGUGCAAGAGGGCAGGAAAGCAACGCUGGAGAGCAAGGUAGAUCAGUAAUUGGUGUUUCGGUAUCUUCCAAUGGUCCUGUGCAGCCUCGUCCUACUGGUCUUGGCCGUGCUGCACCAUUGCUGGAACCUGCUUCUCGUCAUGUGCAUCAACCUCGAGUGAACGGGACAGGUUCUACCUUGCAAAACCAGCUGGUUGAAGACCCGACAAAUGGGGAGGCUGAGGAAACUGAUGAGACGCGGGAGAAGCUUCAGAUGAUACGUGUGAAAUUUCUACGUCUUGCUCAUCGACUCGGGCAGACUCCACAUAAUGUGGUUGUGGCCCAGGUUUUGUACAGGCUUGGUUUGGCUGAACAGCUACGAGGAAGAAGUGGGAGUCGUGUCGCCGGCUUUAGCUUUGACCGUGCUAGUUCUAUGGCAGAGCAGCUGGAAGCUUCUGGUCAGGAGCCUCUAGAUUUCUCCUGCACAAUAAUGGUUCUUGGAAAAUCAGGGGUCGGUAAAAGUGCUACCAUAAAUUCGAUAUUUGAUGAGGUUAAGUUUAAUACUGAUGCUUUCCAGUCUGGUACCAAAAAGGUUCAAGAUGUUGUCGGUACGGUACAGGGGAUCAAGGUCCGGGUUAUUGACACACCUGGUUUACUACCAUCUUAUUCAGACCAACGCAAGAAUGAGAAAACACUCCGUGCAGUUCGUCAGUAUAUCAAGAAAACACCCCCAGAUAUCAUUUUGUAUCUUGAUAGGUUGGAUAUGCCGAGUAGGGAGUUUGGUGACAUGCCAUUACUGAGGACCAUUACUGAAAUUUUUGGACCAUCAAUCUGGUUUAAUGCCAUAGUUGUUUUGACUCAUGCUGCAUCUGCUCCUCCCGAAGGUCCAAACGGGGCAACAGGUUAUGAUAUGUUUGUAACUCAGCGCUCUCAUGUCGUCCAGCAAGCAAUACGCCAUGCAGCUGGAGAUAUGCGCCUGAUGAAUCCUGUUUCUUUGGUGGAAAAUCACUCGGCAUGCAGGACCAAUCGAGCUGGGCAGAGAGUUUUGCCAAACGGCCAGGUUUGGAAACCUCACUUGUUAUUGUUAUCCUUUGCUUCAAAAAUAUUGGCAGAAGCGAAUACGCUUUUGAAAUUACAAGACACUCCUCCAGGGAAGCCUUUUGCCCCUAGAUCAAGAGCAACAUCUCUGCCUUUUCUACUUUCAUCUCUUCUUCAGUCACGAUCACCUGUAAAACUUCCUGCGGAACAAUAUGGUGGCGAUGAUGAUGAUUUUGAUGAUGACUUGGAUGAGUCAUCAGACUCAGAAGACGAAUCCGCAUAUGAGGAACUACCUCCAUUCAAACCGUUGACCAAGGCCCAGUUGGAAAAGCUUCCCAAAGACCAAAGGAAACAAUACCAUGAUGAAUUAGAAUACAGGGAAAGGCUUUUCAUGAAGCAGCAGUUGAAAGAAGAGAAAAAGCGGCGCAAAUUAAUGAAAGAACUGCAAGCUGCCCCUAAUAAUUUACCAGCUGAAUACCAGGAACAAAUGGAAGAAGAAAGUAGUGCUGCAGCAUCUGUGCCAGUCCCCAUGCCUGACUUGGCUCUACCUGCUUCAUUUGAUUCUGAUAAUCCAACUCAUCGAUACCGCUGUCUGGAUUCCUCUAACCAGUGGCUUGUGAGGCCUGUCCUUGACCCCAACAGUUGGGACCAUGACGUUGGUUAUGAGGGGAUAAAUGUAGAGAGACUCUUUAGUGUCAAGGAGAAGAUACCGGUUUCUUUCUCUGGCCAAUUUUCAAAGGAUAAAAAGGACACCCAUCUUCAAAUGGAGAUGGCGAGUACAAUCAAACACGGGAUAGGGAAAUCAACUUCUCUUGGAUUUGACUUGCAGUCAAUGGGCAGGGAUAUUGUCUAUACACUACGAAGUGAGACGAGAUUUAAUAAUUGGAGAAAGAAUAAAGCGUUAGCUGGUGUCUCUGUAACUCUCUUAGGUGAUACAGUUACAGGUGGACUGAAAAUUGAGGACAAAUUGAUCAUUAAUAAACGAGGUCAGGUGGUUGUUUCUGCGGGGGCUGUCGUUGGACGCGGAGAUGUUGCUUAUGGUGGUAGUCUGGAGGCUACCCUAAGAGAUAAAGAUCAUCCACUGGGUCGUUUUCUGUCAACCCUUGGACUCUCUGUAAUGGAUUGGCAUGGGGAUCUAGCUAUUGGAUGCAAUUUGCAGAGCCAGGUACCAGUUGGAAGAAGUUCAAACUUGAUUGGUCGGGUUAGUGUUAAUAACAGGGGAUCGGGACAAGUUAGUAUCCGUUUCAACAGCUCAGAACAUCUUCAACUUGUCCUUUUUGCUGCUGUUCCUAUUGUCCGGAAACUACUAUCACAUUUUCAGCCUGUGCAAUAUUGAGGAUGAGAUUUAUGAUACAAAGCAGCCAGUUGGAUGAUGCAGAUUUACGUUAAAGUGACAAUUAUAUUGAGAUGAGCAGUAAAUGUGAGUAACUAAAGCUGUUUAAAGGCAUUUGGUUUGAAUGAAUUUUUGAACUGUGUGUUUGUUUCUUUUCGGCUUUCUUUUUUAUUUUUAUUUUUAUUUUUAUUUUAUUUAUUUAUUUUUUUGGUGCUUGGAUAUUGCCUUUUAAACCUGUUUAUCUUUUGCAUAGAAGGUCAUUGUUUCUUUUAGGAGAAAAAUAUAGCUUCAUAAUUUCUAUUAUCAGAAUAUGGAACGAUUACAUGAAUUAUGAGCCCUUAACUAUAUUCAUCUCUGUAUGAUGUUAAUUCUGGUCCGGGUUCAGUUUCCAAUUCAGUUAUUGUUCAGUUAAUGCAAUCUGUUUGUGUUAAUUAUUUUUCACGUGUCAUAUAUUUUGUUUUAUUGAACAUCUUAAUUUCUGGGAUCUGCCGGUUUUGCAUAAGUGUUUCUCCCUUAUACAAGUCUUUGUAGUGUUGAUUGUGUGGUGAGAGAAUCUGAAUCUUUAUUUUUGGUGUUAUGCUUGACUAUUGUCUGGUGCUUAUAAGUUAGUAGUUAGAAUUUCCAUGACUUUCUGCCUAAUUUAGAUUCUGAAAAACUAGUUAAUCGUUUGCAUUUUAUGCCGAUAGGGGGCUAUGUCUUUUUGGAUUGAUACUUUGCUCUGUAAAUGUUAGAGCUCCAGGAUAUUUGAAAAUGGUGUUUCGAAUGAAGUUUAGACUAUCAUCCUUGCUAGUUUUGCUUUUGAUGUAUGAAACUGUUUAUUUAUUUAUUUAUUUCCUCCCCCCUGAGUUUUUUAAAAUGCCUAGAUGCUGCAGAUCACAUUUUGUGAAGAAGCGUAGAAAUUGAAGCUAGGAUUCUUUGGAGAGUCAGAAACGCAGCCUGCAGCAGGUUUUAGUAGGAUAUCACUGGGACAUUGCAUGAUGAGAGAUGUUAGCCAGACUAGAGCAAUUCCCUUGCAAUAUUAAUAUGUGAACGUUUGGUUCUAGCUUGUAAAUUAGGCGCCGACUUGAUUUUGGUGGUAACACAGGUACCAUUUACUGAAAUUUUUUUAAUCUCAAAGAAGGGGGAGGGAACUGAUGGACAAUAGUCAUCAUCAAAUGCUAAAAUGUUGAGUUUGAUUAGAUCUAUCUGGUUUACCCCUCGUUUUCGGGCAGAUUAUCAUCAAAGACAUUUGAGUUUUUCAAAUAAAUGUGGUUAUCUAGAACUGAAGUUCUGCUAUUCUACGGAUGGCAUUUGAUUUGUGGGAAUGGUAGGGGUGCACAAUCAUUAGCUCGUUGAUAACAGUCGUGCUUCUGCUUAGUUUAUUAUAUGCUUCCAGAGCCGGGGAUUAGUGUCUACUGCAUCGUUUAUAUGCUAGUGCUUGCGUCUGCCUCAGUUCAAAUUUAGGAUUGAAUAUGCCAGCAGCUGAUGUCCAUUUUGAGGUUUUGAUACCAACAUUGGACCAGAAGAUAGCUAACGUUUAAACGCUUGGAAAGGUGGGUAGAAUAACAAAUCUGUUUAUUAGAGACUAAAAGCAGCAAGCCAAAAGCUGGCACUGAUGCUUAAUUUCCAAAUGAACAAGUAGAAAACUAUUUAACUAAGAAAUUUCGAGUGGAUCUUCAGUACAUGCAUUUCUAAGAGGUUUUUCGAUUCCCCGUUGUACUACUUAGAGUCGAGUCCAUCAAAUUAAAACUCUUUAUAGUUUAGAGACACUUUAUAAAUAGGACCAGGAAAAAAUAUGUAGCAACACGGUCCACGAAUGAUCCUUAAAUUCCCUUCACCCUCAGAAAUGGGACAUGAAGAAACGGAAUAACCACAAAAAGGUUAAUCACAAAUGGUCCUCAGACAUUAUCAGCAAGUAUUGUCGGCCGAAAAACGUUGCAGUGAGACAUUUGGAUUCGACAUUGAGUGCCGUACUGAUGCAGACUCCAACUGAUUUGGACUUACGAGUCCUUCUCGAUUUCGUGGAUCACGUGUCCUAUUAUUGGCCCCCCCAAAUCAAUUAUUGUCAUAAAUUCAGC